AUGGGAUUUUUUUCCGGUGCAGCAAAUGGCUGGUUGUGGUUGGAUGCUCGUCUCGAUCUGCUCAAUGUCUCGCCACUAGCAGGAGAUGUCUGGCCUCUACGGGUGGUAUCAGCGGCCCGACCACUUUUCUAUACAUCAUUCACAAUUAAGAGAAGAAAUAAAGCGACAAGCUGGGAUGGCUACGUAUUUGCACUUCUUCUACGGAUGCGCGGUUCAGUCGCAGAGAAUAAGAGGUUGAUGAAAAAUGAAGAAGGAGACGAGGCAGUUUUGCAUUGGGAGAUACGUCGCAGCGGUGGGAACGGCACUCAGGAGCUCAUUCAUAAAGUCGCCACCAAGUUCAGAGUUGUGCCUGAUUCUGUCUAUGCCCUCGUUCCUGUAGCCAAGGCAGUUCUGCAUUGGGAGAUACGCCGCAGCGGUGGUAACGGCACUCAGGAGCUCAUUCAUAAAGUCGCCACCAAGUUCAGAGUUGUGCCUGAUUCUAUCUAUGCCCUCGUUCCCGUGGCCAAGGUAAGAGAUCUUGGAUUAAACCUAACAUCAACAUUGUUAAGUAUGAUACAUAAAAGUAGCGGUAACACGCAUAUGCUUUUUUUUCUGAUUAUAAAAACUUUUUUCUUAGCUUUCGUUUGUGAAUACUAUCCGGGCAGUCCCUCUUUGAUUCAUUUUUCCCUCCUUCCUCCCCUUUUCGGAUAAAA